UCGUCGCUCAAUUUUGACUGAUUCGAAAAUGAGGUCUAGUGAAAAAUUACAAAACGCGCCUCCCGCAUGGAAAUUUUGGCACAAUCGUCGUCGGUACGUCGUGAAUUUCCUGAUGCUGAUGGGCACAACGGUCAUGUAUCUGAUGCGCGCGAAUCUCUCCGUGGCAAUUGUCUCGAUGACAGAUCCCGAAACUGGCGAUUUUGCAUGGAAUUCAAAGGAACAAGGUCUCGUGCUCGGAUCUUUCUUCUAUGGCUACAUCAUGACGCAAUUUCUCGGCGGCGUUAUUGCGAAACGAUUUCCCGCGCAUCACGUGUUCGGCUUUGCCAUCGGGAUUUGCGCGUUACUGACCUUAGUUACGCCAAUCUUUGCGAUAAAUUAUGUCGCCUUGAUCGUGAUUCGCGUCAUUGAGGGUCUCGUGCUGGGCGUUACUUUUCCCUCGGCGAUGGGAGUUUUGGCCAAAUGGAGUCCUGUGAUAGAGCGCUCGCGGAUGACGAUGAUUUGCCAUUCGGGAGCUUAUUUUGGAACAAUUUUGGCGAUGAGUGGCACCGGCGUACUGAGCGAUUUUUACGGAUGGCAAAGUGUUUUUUACGUCUCGGGCGGCAUUGGAGUGACAUUUUUCGUGCUGUGGUUGCUUCUGGUGAAAGAAAGUCCCGAAAAUGACCCGUGGAUCACUGACGAGGAGAAAAAUUUUAUCCUCGAAGGCACGCGCGAAAAUUCAAAUGACAAAGAAAAGGUGCCAUGGAUCAAACUUUUCACGGCAAUUCCUGUUUGGGCGAUCGUUUUCGCGCAAUUCACACACAAUUGGGGUGUUUAUACGGUCAUGACGCAAAUGCCGACCUUUUUAUCGGACACCAUGAACAUCCAACUCAGCUCGAAUGGGUUUUAUUCGGCAUUGCCGUACGUGACGUCGGGAAUUUUGGGCUUUCCAUCCGGAUUGCUUGCGGAUUUGCUGCAAAAACACAUGAAAACGGUCCACGUGAGGAAACUUUUUACAACGGGAGCUUUUGUAUGUCAAUUUGGCUUCAUGUUAUGUGCGGGAUUCAUCAUGAGUCCGACAGCAUCGAUCAGUUUUCUCACAAUAAGUAUGGGAUUUGCGACAAUUGCGAUGUCAGGAUUUGCGAUUAAUUUCCUGGAUAUUGCGCCGCAGUUCUCGAGCAUCAUUUUUGGAUUUGCAAAUACCAUUGGAACGAUUCCUGGCAUCGUGAGUCCCUUGUUGACGGGAUUUAUUGUACAAAAUAAGUCUGAAGACGAAUGGCGAACAGUAUUUUUCUUAACUGCUGGAAUCUACAUCUCCGGCGGCAUUUUAUAUUUGAUAUUGGGCUCCGCUGAUCCGUUAUUCCCAUCAACGCCCGAUCCACCAAAAUACUCAGAGCAAUUUCCAGAAAAAGCUGAAAAAACCUACAUUUUUACGAGCAGCGAAAAGGAGAAACAAAAUAAAAAAUAAAACACAAAAAAUUGGCUUUUACACUUUUUUUUUGCUAUUUUUUUAUUUAUUUUAUUUU